UCCCUAGAAAGUUGCACCAUCUGAUCUAGUUUGUUUGCAUUUUGCAUUCCUGUUGGUCCUCCUCUGAGGUUGUAUUCCUGUAGGGUUUCUUUACAUUAUUAAAUUUUGUUGAGUUCGUGGCAAAGGGUUCCUUCCUGGGUGGACUACCUUCACCUCUGCUGCACUUUUUUAUUUUGUUUUUUUUCUUCUGGGAACCUGAAAAGUAGAAAGCUUUGUGCUGGAAAACCACUUGACGGAUUUGGUUGUAGCUGAAGACUCUUGAACUGAAAAGGCCAUUCGUGAUGAUAUGGCUGGCUGUACUUGAAAAAAGAUUUCUACCUUAUUCGAGAAAGAAUUUUUUCCAUCUUUUUUUGUUGGCAGAAUUAACCAGUGAUGAUGGAAGGGCGUUUGGCAAUGGGAUUGACAACAAUGGUCCUGUGCUUAGGUAUUCUCAUUGGCUGCAUCUCUGCUCAGGACGAUGAAGAUUCAAACGCUGCCGUGUACAUCGUGACUCUGAAACAGGCCCCGGCAUCUCAUUACUAUGGUGAGCUCAGAGUUAAGCAGAAUCGCCAUAACAAUGGCAGUGCGUCUAAAGGAAUGAACAUAUUGGAUAAACCAAGCAAUGUCUCGAGGACAGGGAAGCAUCACGGUUCGCGCAUAGGCCGCGUACACGAUUCUUUGUUAAGGAAAGUUUUGAGGGGUGAAAAGUAUCUGAAGCUAUACAGCUAUGGCUAUCUCAUAAAUGGAUUUGCAGUGCUCGUCACUCAACAGCAGGCUGACAAGCUUUCAAUGAGAAAAGAAGUGUCGAAUGUGGUUAUGGAUUUCUCAGUCAGGACUGCAACGACUCACACGCCACAGUUUCUUGGUCUCCCUCAAGGAGCGUGGUUACAAGAAGGCGGAUUUGAGACUGCAGGAGAGGGAGUUGUGAUUGGAUUCAUUGACACUGGCAUUGAUCCCACGCACCCGAGCUUCUCUGACGAUGAACCGGAGAAGCCAUAUCCAGUUGCAGAGCAUUUUUCAGGAGUUUGUGAAGUCACACCAGAGUUUCCAUCUGGAUCCUGCAAUAGGAAGCUCAUCGGAGCUCGCCAUUUUGCAGCAUCCGCCAUUACCAGGGGAAUAUUUAAUGCCUCAGAAGACUAUGCUUCGCCGUAUGAUGGUGAUGGCCAUGGGACGCAUACGGCAGCAAUAGCAGCAGGUAACCAUGGAACUGCAGUUGUAGUAUCCGGACAUCACUUUGGCAAUGCAAGCGGAAUGGCUCCACGCUCAUACAUUGCUGUUUACAAGGCAUUGUACAAGAGUUUUGGAGGCUUUGCCGCGGAUGUGGUUGCUGCCAUAGAUCAGGCUGCACAGGAUGGAGUGACUGUAAUAAGCUUGUCAAUUACCCCAAACAGGCGUCCUCCUGGUGUCGCCACUUUCUUCAACCCCAUAGACAUGGCGCUACUGUCAGCUGUCAAGGCCGGCAUAUUUGUAGUGCAGGCUGCUGGAAACACCGGACCCUCCCCAAAGAGCAUCUCCUCUUUCAGUCCAUGGAUCUUUACCGUUGGUGCUGCAACCCAUGACAGGACCUACAGCAAUUCCAUAGUCCUGGGCAACAAUGUCACAAUCACGGGAGUUGGUCUUGCUCCUGGAACCGAUAAAAUGUACACACUGAUCUCCGCCAUCCAUGCAUUGAAUGAAUCAGCCGGUCCGAGUGAUAUGUAUGUCAGUGAAUGCCAAGAUGCCACUAAUUUCGAUCAGAACAUCGUACAAGGGAAUCUCUUGAUAUGCAGCUACUCCAUCAGAUUCGUACUCGGACUCUCCACCAUUGCGCAGGCUUUAGAAACCGGGAAAAACCUCAGUGCAGCUGGCCUAGUGUUCCACAUGGACCCUUACGUCAUUGGUUUCCAGCUUAAUCCUGUUCCAAUGAGAAUCCCAGGCAUCAUAAUUCCAUCACCCGAAGAUUCUAAAGUUCUACUUCAGUAUUACAAUUCUUCAUUGCAAAGAGAUGAUGCCACAAAAAAAGUCGUCAAGUUUGGCGCCGUAGCUCUUAUCUCUGGAGGGAUAAAAGCAAAUUUCAGCCAUAUGGCUCCCAAGAUCAUGUAUUACUCUGCUAGAGGGCCUGAUCCAGAGGACAGUUCCCUGGAUGAUGCAGACAUACUAAAACCAAACAUUGUUGCACCUGGGAAUUACAUAUGGUCUGCCUGGAGUUCUGGUGGAACCGAUUCAGUUGAAUUUCAAGGUGAGAACUUUGCACUGAUGUCUGGUACAAGCAUGGCAGCUCCUCAUAUUGCUGGGCUUGGAGCUUUGAUCAAGCAGAGGUUUCCUUCUUUUAGUCCUUCAGCCAUCGGAUCCGCCCUUUCGACAACAGCUUCUCUCUAUGAUAGAGAUGGCGGCCCCAUCAUGGCUCAGCGUGCUUACGCCAACCCGGAUCUGAACCAAUCGCCGGCCACCCCAUUCGACAUGGGCAGCGGAUUUGUCAAUGCCACCAGUGCAUUGGAUCCGGGUCUUAUUUUCGAUUCAAGUUAUGAAGAUUAUAUGUCGUUCUUGUGUGGCUUAAAUGGAUCAUCUCCCGUUGUUCUGAACUACACCGGUGAGACUUGUGGGAUCCCCACCAUGAACGCCACUGACCUCAACCUACCUUCGAUCACACUGUCCAAGCUGAAUCAAUCAGCCAUUGUUUACAGAACAGUGACUAAUGUUGGCAGCAACGAGACCUACCGCGUUGGCUGGAGCGCACCGUACGGAGCUUCACUGAAGGUGACACCAACUCACUUUUAUGUUGCGAGUGGGGAGAAACAGGUCUUGAGUGUAUUCUUGAACUCAACAAUGAACAGUUCGGUUGCCAGCUUUGGAAGAAUUGGACUGUUCAGUACUCAAGGGCACACUGUGAACAUCCCGGUGUCUGUCAUCGUCAAGGUUACUUACAACAACUCUGCCGUUUGAUGAUGGAUGCACUUU